ACUUUUUUUUGGGAAUUUUCCAGAGAUGCCCCACGUUAUCGUUAUCGCGCUUGGCGCGUUUAGUGGCGCCAAUGCAGCCGACGGCUUGCACCGGCCGAGCCCCACCCUGUCUCCGGAAGUUGGCGAUUCGACCAAACCAUUCUCAAGAUACUCCCUUCAACAGCAGCAGAAACAGGCAAUCGCAAAGCAUGAAUUAAACACCCGAGAUAUCUGCCGCUCGAAAAGAAAUGCUCCAACCAAGGCUGGUUCGCUUCAACAGCGCCAUCUCUCGAAGCAGCCAGUUCGGCCUUCAGCUCCGAGCUCUCUCCAGCUCAACUGUUGCCAGGUCUGAUCGGCCUCGGUCAACCUUAUCGACAAUAUGGCUCCCUACUGGUGGUAUAACUGCUGGCGAGGAUGAGUCCGGCCAUGAGAAACUCAUCCGAGCCGGGUUCCUGCGCCAAGCCCACUCCGGAAUUUUCCAAUUGCUUCCCCUAGGUCUUCGAGUGCAGGAUAAGAUUGAGAAACUCAUCGAUAAGCACAUGCAGUCAGUUGGCGCAUCUCGGCUCUCCCUCUCUACCAUCUCAUCCGAGGAUUUAUGGCGGAAGAGUGGACGACUAGACCUGGUGGCGUCAGAACUUUUCCGUGUUGCUGAUCGCAAGGAGAACCGCCUCAUUCUCUCUCCCACACACGAGGAAGAAAUCACUACCCUUGUGGCCGGGACGCUGAAGUCAUAUAAAGACCUCCCUAUCAGGCUUUACCAGAUCACGCGCAAAUAUAGAGAUGAACGGCGCCCUCGCCAUGGCCUAUUGCGUUCCCGAGAAUUUCUCAUGAAGGAUCUUUACACAUUUGACCUAACUGUUAGCUCCGCCAUUGAGACGUACCGAGAGGUGUCCGCAGCAUACCGUGCAUUUUUUACCGAAUUGAAGUUACCAUUCCUAGUUGCCGAGGCCAGCUCGGGAGACAUGGGAGGUGACCUUAGCCACGAGUAUCACCUGCCCAGCGCUGUUGGCGAAGAUAUCGUCGUUAACUGUGGCUCCUGCGGGUAUGCUGCCAAUGACGAGGUUGCCACCGCGCGAACACCAUCGACGUCAAAGGACACAAUCACACCAGCGUCUCAAAUCCGCGUGUGGCGUGGUAUCUCUCAGGACAGAAACACCCUUAUCAAUGCUUGGUAUCCCGAAGCUGAUGUUGCGCAAUCUGAUUCUGGCCCUAAUCUCCAUGCAAUCAAGUCUGCUGUUCCAGCGCUAGAUACAAGCAUAGACACCCCUUUGCCCUUCUGGAGAGAUGCUCUUUCGGGAGGAAAGGCGAGGGUUAUCAAUGUAAUCGAUACUCGGAUAGCUCCCACCUUCGAAAACCUGCGGGAAAGGCUACCCUUACUGCCAGAGGGCUUGGAAUCUCCCGAUGUUCACCACUCUUUCCUGGGUAAUGCGGGAGAAGACAAGGGCUUGAACUUAGUGCGUCUUGCGGAUGGCGAUGGAUGCCCCAGGUGUGAGGAAGGGACUCUCAAGAUCCAUCGAGCUCUGGAGGUUGGCCACACAUUCCACCUGGGAACUCGAUAUUCAGUUCCCCUCGAGGCAUGCGUGACGAUCCCUACCCAACUGCCAGAAACCAUUAGUGAAGGACUGGUACCAGGAAGCCGCACCCCGGUGCAGAUGGGAUGUCACGGAGUGGGUGUUUCCCGAAUUUUCGGUGCCGUGGCAGAAGUACUCGGCAAUGAGACAGGCCUGAAUUGGCCACGAGCUAUCGCUCCCUUCGAGAUCGCCAUCAUCUCAACUCCGGGAACCGAACAGGACUCUCUGGACCUAUAUGACAACCUUGCAGGCCGCAACGGCUCGGAACCUAGCUUUGACGUUAUUCUCGACGAUCGCAAGCAUUCUUUUGUGUGGAAGAUGCAGGACGCUGAGAUGGUUGGGUACCCCGUUGUGGUGAUCAUGGGCAAGUCAUGGAAGAACGACGGCACUUGUGAGGUUCGGUGCAGGAGACUCUCGGUCAAGGAGAAUGUGUCUGUUGAAGCGCUUCCCGGGUUUGUGUCUGGCUUAUUGGACCAGCUGUAGUGAAAACACAGCACUGUAUUCUAUUAUACUUGGCCCGACACCUUGUAAUUUAUGUACCAAAAAACAAAUACAACAAUCGUCGCUUUUAGAAAAAA